AUGCCGUUCGCACCUCCGCCCGAUUCUGAUACGAAAGCCCUCCAUCGAGUACACGAAACUCCCCACGAUGACCCCGACCGAGACACCGAAGGCUCAAGCAGCGAUGAUGUUGUCGACGCAAACUUCCAGCACGGCGUUCAGAACAUUGAAGCCGUUACCCUCUCCUGGUCCAAGACAUCUCUUCUGAUCGCAUUCGUACUCAUCUGGCUCGUCUACUUUGUGCAAGGACUGGUAGGGGGAAUAAGCGGCGCGCUACUCCCAUAUGUUACGUCCGACUUCGCGAUGCAUUCCCUUACACCCACUACCAGCGUUAUGAGUUCAGUCAUUGGAGGUGUCACCAACUUGAGUAUUGCGAAGACUCUUGAUAUCUUUGGCCGUCCGCAAGGCUUCCUCUUCUGCGCUACUCUCGCGACUCUUGGGCUUAUCAUGUCGGCUGCUUGCAACAACGUCGAAGCUUACGCUGCCUCGCAAGUCUUCUAUACUGUUGGCAUCAAUGGUGUUGGAUACAGUCUCAGCGUCUUCAUCGCGGAUACUACCUCCCUUCGCAAUCGAGGUCUUAUCCAGUCGAUAUGUGCAUCCCCCAACAUCAUCACUGCCUGGCUUGGUGGUCCAAUCUCAACGUCGUUUCUGAAUGGGCCAGGAUGGCGUUGGGCUUUUGGCAUGGAGUCGAUACUCGUACCUGCUGUCACUAUUCCACUGUUCUGUCUCUUCAAUUUCCACUACCUCCGAGCCAAAAGACAAGGCCUCAUCCCUGAAAGGCAGUCUCAUGGCUCGAUGGUCAAUGCGACCAGGUACUAUGUCCGCGAGUUCGAUGUCAUCGGCCUUCUCAGCCUCUCAGCAGGAGUGGCUCUCUUUCUUCUUCCCUUUAAUUUAUAUACUUUGCAAGCAAAAGGUUUCGGCUCUGCCAUGAUCAUUUGCUUCUUCGUCUUCGGCAUUCUUUUGCUUAUCUCCUUCGGGAUUUGGGAAAUGCGCUUUGCGAAGGUGUCUUUUAUCCCAUGGGAAUUCCUUCUCGAUCGUACUGUUGCCGGAGCCUGUCUGGUCUCUUUCACGCUGUUCUUCAGUUAUGGGUGUUGGGGGCUUUACUUCACAUCCAUACUUCAAGUUGUCAAUGACUUGAGCGUCACGGAGGCCAGCUACAUCAUGUCAACAUACACUGUCGGGAGCUUUGUUUUUGCCAUCUUCAUCGGUUGGUUCCUGUCACGUACCGGAAACUUCAAAGCUGCAACCAUGUACAUGGCGAUUCCUCUUGCGACCCUUGGCACCGGCCUGAUGAUCCAUUUUCGUCAACCCGACCAGGGCAUCGGCUACAUAGUCAUGUCGCAACUAAUUAUUGCUUUCGGAAGCGGCUCCAUUAUGAUCACCGCCGAGAUCGCCAUCCUGGCGGCUGUGAAUGAGCAACAGUACUUCGCUGUGGCUAUCGCUCUGGUGUCAAUGUGCUCAAAUAUCGGACAGGCUGUUGGUCUUACAGUCUCAUCAGCGAUCUGGCAAGACGUCAUCCCACGGAAGCUGGCUGAGUACCUCCCAGCAGAGGAUCUCCCCAACUUGCCAAUCAUCGCUGCGGAUAUUGUUACCCAACUUUCUUUCCCGGUCGGAUCGCCUACCAGACUGGCAAUCCAGCAUGCUUACGGUGACGCUCACCGGCUUCUUUUUAUAGCUGGUACUGUGGUUUGGGUGCUUGGCUUUGGUGGUACAAUGAUGUGGAAGAACAUCAACAUUAAGAACAUCAAGCAAACGAAGGGACGCGUCGCUUGA